AUGCGGAUCCAGCUGUACAAGCCGCUUCCUCACCAGUGCUUGGUCAUGUGCCCAGACGCAUGCAAGACGGCAGUCGGUAUGACCCUUUUCGUGCAAAUCGACGGGGGCAUUCCCCGCUAUGUGAUGGAGGAGAUAGAGGAUCCGCGCUUAUCGGCGUGGGCAUUGGAGGCCGCGAAAUCCCGCAACUUUAACCAACCGGACCUCAUCAUGGGCCUUGAGGCCCUCGCCUUACAGCUCACUGCCUAA